AUGGACCCUCCGCACGUUACCGAGUUCGCUUCGCAGCGAUACUUUGAUAAAUUAAAACAGACUAGCGAGGCGAAGGACCAGCUGCAUUCUCCGGAUGGUUCGACCAAACACCAGUCGCCGUUCAUACUUCCUAUCCACAGCAAGCACAAGGAACAAUCAUCACAUGUGCCAGGCGAUGUCCAGCGGAUAGCGGAAAAGAAGCGUGGGAACUUUAGCUUGCGCUCCAUACUCCCUUCGUCGCGAACAUCCACCGACCACAGGUUAUCUACCGAGGCCAUCAAACAGAAGAGCGCCUCUUUCGACCAGCUCUUCCUGUCUCUGCCAAAUGAACUGAAGAUACAGAUCAUUUCUUCACUACCCCUGGCCGAUGUUUUGAGCCUGCGCUUGGCAUCAAAAUCAUGGCAUGCGAUGGUCACCUUCAACGAGCUACCCAUUACACGUUACCAUCUAGAACACCAUAUUCCUGCAUACGCUUUACGACUGUACCCUAUACCCGACGUAUCAAAGGUGAACUUUCACUAUCUAUGUGGCAUAUGGCAUCGACUGCACGUUGCCGCCAAGGUGGCCUACUUGAUAUGCGAAUGGAUCACGAAGGAAAUAUUUCUCAGAAACACUGAAGCACAGCGCAACGAAUUUGCGCCACAACGCGAACGAAUGCGUCGCCGACUAAUUCCACUUUUAUUUACUGUUUUCCACUUUUUCGAAACAUACCGGGAUCUUCACGUCAAGUACGUUGAGGAGCACGGUUAUGGCUUGAAUAGGUCGCCUUACACCAUCAACCCGAUCGAGGCCCGGAUCAUGAACAUGUACGACGACAAGACACUUCUGCAGGUGCAUCAGGUGUUCCCAAUGGUGGUGGCUUCUUUUGUCCGCCGACUGCGCCCACCGUCCUAUGCUGGUCGACUGGAGCGAACUCUGAGAGGUUAUCUCAAGGACAAGCCAUCCGACGAGAUUUAUGCGACUGCAUUAUGGGUUGGGGGACUACGGCAGGUUGAGCGGUUCUGGGAGAUCAAGGGCUACACGACACGGAGAGGAGCCGUCGAUACAUGGUACAAUAGCCUGACAAAGGAGGCUGUUGAACCGCCGAGCAGACCACGGCGCGGACUUUUGGGGCUCAAUCGAAGAAAAUCAAGUUUCAACGUGAAGGAUACGAGUCACGGCCACCACGAACCUUUACCACCUCUACCCGGACGACGCGGAUCAGAGAAUGGAAGGCGACCUAGCGAUGUGGCACCACCGUUCAUGGCAACAAACUCCCUCGCUUACGAUUCAAGUCUGUCGGCAGGGAUGCCCAUGAGCCCUCUCUCCCGCGAACAAUUACGUCUAAUUGUAAUGGAUGUACCGGUCCUACAGCAAAUAUGGCUUCCGACUGCUGAGGCAUUGAUCCUGGAUAGGAAUGUUGUUGAGCGACCCCAGGACAUCAAACGUAAUGCUCAAGUCAUGUUAGAGCUUAUCCGGGAGGAAGGCGCAGCUAAUGAAGACGAGUGGUGGUACGGGACUCACGCACCCGAUUCGGUGAAGCCUCCUGUAGAGGCCAUCGAGGAAGAUCCUAUCGAAUAA